AUGGCUAAAUAUAUAAUUGAAAAAGCGGCACCUUUACAAGAAGAAAAUUCACAGAAAUUUGAUUAUUUAAUUUCCACAGUUAAAAGUUCACCAGAAUCACAAUCAUCCAGUAUCCCAAUUCAACCACAUGAUUAUCCAAAAGAUGUCCUACUUUCUGUUGACAAUGCAAACCUUAGACAAUUUUCACCAAGAACACAAUCCAUGAUUGAUGAACUGGAAAAACAUGCUGAUGAGCUCUCUAACUCUAAUGAUCAAAUCUCAGUAAUUGAUUCACCACGCGAAGUCUUGACUAACUCAGAUGUCACAUUAGAAUCUAAGUCAAAACCGUUAAAUAUUAACAUUCAAAAAGAUAGUGAAGAUGAUAUCUGGCAAUAUUUUAACUCAAUAACUCAGAGUUUCUUAGUGAAUGAUAAAUCAGAAAAAAUAGAUCUAAGCUUUGAUAAAUUUUCAAUUAGCACUAAAAAUGCUAUUUUAGAUCAAGACAAUAUACUUGUUCAUAUCAAAUUAUUGAACUUUGAUUUGUCACGAAAAUUAGAUCCCAACGUCAAAAAAUCAGUUCGUCUUAUGAUCGGAUCAAUGACCUACCAUACUAAACCAAGUACAUCUCUUGAUGAUCAGUUGAAAAAGUCGUUUCUUUUUCCUUUUAAUUAUCAUUCAUUGGUUUUUGACACAAUGAAAUUGGUUAUUUAUGAAUACGGCUCUUUCUUGAAUAAAAAAAGAAAACACGGACGUGUUCUUGUUCGACUGAAUGCUUUAAAGCAGACCAUAAUUAAUCAUGGGGAAUUUGAAAAAGUUUUCCCUAUUGAAGCUAAUUUAUACGAAAUUGGUGCAGUACAAAUUAACAUAAAAUUACAUUUUCCUAACGAUCCACCUUUUACUCCCACAAUACAAUCACCUUUGAUUCAUGACACUCGUGAUUAUAGCGAUGACAACAUUGAAACAAACUCUGAUGCAAUAUCUCUUGGUAUACUUGAUGCGGUAUUAAACAAAGAAACUAGAGAUGCAAUUAGGGAAAUUACCACUCUUUAUUAUGCAUUUUUUGGUCAUGGGUGGAGGUUGACAAAAUUGGAAUUCUUAAAAGCAUAUAUGCUAUUAGAGAAAUAUUAUAGUCAAAGAGAAAAUCCGACUACAGGAAACUUAAAUUAUGAUAUAAACAUGAUGGAAGAUGCUUUGCGAUAUCUACAAUUUUCUAUGGCAGCAUAUGGUUCUUUCUUGUUUAAUUGGUUCGGAUAUGGCCCACCAAAUGCUUUUGGAAUAAUUUCUGAUAAAAAGAUAGUCCGAAAUUUUUUCAACCUUGAUAAAAGUGAUAUUAUCUGUUGGGAAUAUGGCCAAAAAGCGGUUUCUGUACCUAAUUAUAUGGUGAUUAGAGAUCCAAAAACAAAUUCUAUUUUUAUAUGUAUUCGAGGAUCCUUGAAUAUUUCGGACCUAAUUACUGACGCUCUUGCACAUUUUGAACCUUGGAAUGGGGAUUUUGUUCAUCGCGGAGCAUUUCGUAGGGCGCAAUAUCUUAUAGACCAGUCCUUAGAAAAAAUUAAGGAUGCUGUAGCAAAAUAUAAAAUAAAAUCUAUAAAAAUCAUGGGGCAUUCAUUAGGUGCAUCCAUAUCAUCUCUUACAACAUUGCUUUUACGAGAGCGUUGUAAAGAUCUGCUGGACAGUGGAGUUGACAUUCGUGCAUGGAAUUUUGCAACUUUUCCAUGUUGUUCUAUUGAUAUGGCAUCAAAAGCUGAUACAAUGAAAUGCAUUAUUAAUUUUGUUAACGAAAAUGAUGUUAUUUCAAGAUUGAGUUACGGAAAUUUAAUGGAUUUUAAAGAAUUGGUUAAAUUUGCUGCUAGUGAAUUAAAAAAUAAUGAAUAUAAAGAGUUGAAGUCAAAACAAAAACUCUUUAAAAUAUUCACUUCCAUUGAUACAUAUCGUGAAACUUUAAAAUCAAAUUCACGUUCACAAAAACUAUAUAUACCUGGAACAAUAUAUUAUUUAUACAAAAGACCUGAUAACUUUCAAAUGGAAUCAUAUUUUCCAUCUUAUGCUAAGGAUGCAGUAUGUGAAGAAUCCAAACCUGAUUUAUUUACGGAUAUUUCUUUGCGUAAGAAUUGGUUGUUCCAUCAUUUUCCUGAUAGAUAUGAUAAAAAAUUUAAAGGAGUUAUAAAGUUCUUGACAAAAGAAAUGAAUAAGCAUGUGCCAGAAAAU